AAAUGAUAAAUUAAAAUGAUUAAUAAAUCUAAGACAGGCUUGUUCGCUUUGGGGUUUUACUGUUUUGCAUCGUUAUUUACAUUGUUAGCAUUUGUUUGUCCAUACUGGCUUGUAACUGACGGCAAAUUAAAAAAUCCAAAAUUCAUAAAAAUUGGAUUAUGGGAAGUCUGUUUCAACGGUUUCGAGGAAGUUCAUCAUUGGUAUGACACCGUAUUCACCGGCUGUUGGUGGAUUUUUGAAGAAGAGUAUUAUAUCAUUCACGACAUUCUCUUACCCGGCUUCUUUAUAGCCACUCAAUUUUUCUUCACAAUCACAAUGACUUGUGUUUUGGCAGCUAUAUUCUUGACGUAUUUAUAUUUGAAGAAAGACAAAGAUGAUGAACAUUAUGUUACUUUGCUGCUGACCCUUGGAACGGUUCUCGUAAUUGGAGGUUUCUCUGGCAUUAUAUCGGUGGUAACAUUUGGAGCCAGAGGUGAUGGAAGAGACUGGAUGCCUAACUGGGAACACAAUGAUUUGGGUUGGGCUUACGCAUUUGGAGUUAUUGGAGUUAUCUUUCUCUUUCCAUCAGGAAUACUGUACUUGAUCGAAGCCAGAGUGAGAAAAUAUAAGAGGCUACAUGAAAUGCAAAGCCGAGAUCCCUCAUCUUACACAAUGCAUGAGAGGAAAGUUCCUUAUACGGGCGGACACACCGACAUUUAAAUUUUACUAUGACAUGAAUUUUACUAGCCAUUUAUAUUAUAAUUUUUAGUAGACACUAAUCUGAUGAAAAUAGUUAUAAGUUAACUAAUUGUAAACUAUGAAAACUAUGUUGUGUGUUUUGAAUCUCACUUUAAAACAAGAUAGCAUUUAACAUUGUAUUACUUUUAUCCUUUAUGAUCAUUAACCUACCUUAUUGAUAUGAUUACUUUUAAGAUGUAGCAUCUUAAAUAAUGCUGUCUGAUAAAAGUGCCUUUAAUAGUAGCUAUUGAAUUGCAUUAAGUCUACAAGUUAUUAAUUUAGCGUUAAGAAAUAUUAUUUGUGUGUAUACAUUAUUUUACAAUUUUAAAUCGUGUCUAAGUAUGUACUUACUUACUUUAUUUUUUAUUAUUUUUAUAAAUUCUAUAUCC